AUGACAAGACACGAUGGGUAUGGCACACAGCAGAAGAUUGAUCCGGCCAGGCAAGCGCAGCUCGAUCAAGCUCAAGCUCUCCGCCCACCCACGCCUGCUCCCCAAGAGUCUGAGUACGGUCAGCCCGACAUGCCCUUCAUGUUCGAUUUGAACAUGUAUACCUUCCUCGGCAUGUGCCUCACCAUGACGUUCCUGAGGAAAUACGCCUACACCUCUCUCACCAUGUCCUUCUUGAUGAGCUGCCUGGCGCAAGAGUGGUGCUCGCUCUUGCUGCAAUGGAUCGACGCCUCCUACUGUGAGAGCUUGAAAACCAAGUUUGCGCUGGUUGGAUGUCCGUACAGUAAGAACCCAAGUCUCACUCAGUUUGAAAACUAUCAACGUACACGCGCCUGCACGUGCAGUGGACUAUCAAGCAUAAAUGGCUUGCCGCCUUUAGCCCUCCAGAUUUCAGAUUUCUUGAAGGGUCAGUAUGGAGUUGUUGCUGUCUUGGUCUCCUACGGUGCCCUAUUGGGGAAGGUGAAUCCGCAGCAGAUGAUGCUGAUAGUUGUCAUCAACGUUGGAGCCUAUUGCGGGAACAAGUUCUUAAGCGUCGAUUAUCGAGGAGGCGUAGACAACACUGGGAGUCUUUACACCACCCACAUCUUUGGAGCUGCUUAUGGUAUCGGAUGUGCCAUCGUCGUAUCAGGCAAAGGUCUGAGCAAGAACCCGGACAACUCAUCGCGAUAUCAGAGCAACAAUUACGCCAUCCUGGGGUCUCUGUUCAUGUUUGUGACGUUCCCUUCCUUCAACUCCUACUGGGCCCCUGCCUCCUUGAGGGUGUUCGUGGCGACCAACACGUUCGCUGCUAUGAUGGCGGGAGGAAUGUUCAACUUCAUAUGGGCAAAUUUGGUCUACCCUGAGGGCCCUACAGUCAUGCACCUCCAAGACGGAGUACUUGCGGCUGGAGUAGCCGCGUCGACUCCAGCGUGUAUGUUCAUCGAUCCAGUGUUUAUGAUGUUGGUCGGUGCUGGGGGAACGCUGUUAGCAACCCUCUCGUUCCAUUACCUGCAGCCCAUCAUCGCGGAUCAGGACACACAGGGGAUCGCGAGCCUGCACCUGAUCCCUGGGCUCUGGGGGGCGACGGUUAUGAUCUUUGUGUGCAUCUUUGGGAUCGACAACAACACUGUGGUGCGUCUCAUGGAGCAACAAGAGUUAUCACUCUCCCUGCUCAACCUGCUGCAGACGCUCCGGAACGCGGACCUGAUUGACACCAUCAUGCCGCAUUACGGAGACAAAUGGGCUUCGACCGAGACGCAGACCAUCAUCGUUGCUUUCAGCAUCUUCGUCGGAGGAUUGUCAGGAGCAGCUACGGGAGUCGUUGCCAAGCUAACAUGUUCGAAGUCAAUCUUUCAUUACAAGAGCACUGACUCUUGUUGGUUCACAGCAAAAAUCUCCAUUGGAGGAAGCUAUUCGGAUCAUGUUUUCUGGAUCGUUCCAGACGACUUCACUCACAUCGGUGAGGAUGAUGCUGGCGAGAAGGUUCUGUAG